AUGCCUCGCCAGCAGACGCAAAUGCGCGGUCCGACGGACCGAGACCGCAAACCGGCCCCCAAAAAGAAAUCCGCCCAGAAGAAGUCAUCUGGAAAGAUGCUCAAUGCGUUUUCCAUCGCAGAAAGUGAAUUCCCGACCAAAGUGAAGAUGAGGCGGAGUCGUUUUGGAGAAGAAGAUGAACAGUUCAAACGCAAGCGCAACAUCGGUCGCGACCCGGAAGAUUCAGACACACCGGACAACAAGCGCCGUCGGACUGGCGAUGACGAAUCUGAGAUGGGAUCCAAUGUCGGUAGCGAUGGCGAAGGGAAUAGGUGGAGACUGGGAGAGGUUGACAGCGACGAUGACGAGGAUAUCGACAGUGACGAAGCGUUAGGCUCUAGCGACGAGGAACGGUUCGAGGGUUUCACCUUCCGUGGCAGCUCCAAGCCGAAGCAUAAGGUUCCGGAAAAGAAGAAGCGUACUCGCGAAAUCACUCUGUCGGAAGAUGUGGAUGAGUCUGAAGAAGACGACGACGACGACGACGACGAGCUAGACGACGAUGACGAUCUCGGUGAGGACGCAGUCGACUUGGCUACUGCUUGGGACAUGAACACGGCGAUGGAGGAUGAGGAGGAAGCUAAGAAUGCAAAGGCAAGAUCGAAGCAGGCGGCAGGGAGCGACGAUUCGGAAGAAUACGACAGCGGAACUGAAGAAAGCGACUCCGACGAUGACAGUGAACUAUCAUUCUCUGAAGACGAAAACGAUGGUGAUCAGCAGCAUGGCCUCGCAAAACUACAGAGCUUUGUCGACUCAAUGAACACCCAAACUGCCUCCAAACCGACUCGGAAGACGGGUGGUGGGCAAGAACAAGCGACUCCGACAGAGUUCGGCUUGACGUCUACACGCAAACUCACCGUUGCCGAUCUUCUACCUUCCAUCACGGACUCCCGGCUCAAGAGCUCAUUGAAGCACGUUGACUCAGAUGCGUCUGCGCCUAAGAAGUCAUCUGGCAUUCCUGGAAAGUUGGAUGCUCCUCUCGCAAAGCGUCAGCAGGAUCGCCUGGACCGAGCGGCUGCAUAUGACAAAAGCAAGGAAACACUCGACAGGUGGCUAGACACUGUCAAGGCCAACCGUCGGGCUGAGCAUCUCAUGUUUCCUUUACCCGACCCAGAUGCAACCCAACAACAUCGCCUGAGCGCGCCUGAGCCGCGCACCGAUCUUGAAAGCACGAUUCAGAAUAUUCUUGUUGAAAGUGGACUUGCGGAGACGAACGGAAAGUCGGCCGAGGAUCAGUUACAGGCAAUGGAAGAACUACAAGAACGCAGACUACCCAUCGAAGAGAUUCAGGCUCGUAGAGCCGAACUACGGAAGAGACGUGAUCUGUUGUUUCGGGAAGAAGUACGCGCGAAACGAAUCAAGAAGAUCAAGAGCAAGUCUUAUCGCCGGGUGCACCGCAAGGAACGCGAGAAACAGGAACUUCAGGAAAGACAAGCUCUCUUGGAAGCCGGUGUUGAUUUAGAUGAACUGGAAAGAGAAAAGAACGAGCGUCUCAGGGCGGAGGCGAGAAUGGGUUCCAAGCACAAGGAAAGCAAGUGGGCAAAGAGCUUAAAACAGACUGGUCGCACAGCUUGGGACGAAGAUGCUCGGAGGGGCACACAGGAGCAAGCCUUGCGCGAGGAAGAACUCCGUAAGAGGAUCGAAGGCAAGAGAGUCAACACCGGUGACGAAGAUUAUCUCGGCUCUUCUAGUUCUGAGUCGGAGGACGAAGAUCCCUGGGACGAAGAGGCUGCUUCAGAUGCCGAGAAGCGCAAGAUCCGCCAGAAGCUUAGCAAGCUCGAAGGAAAUGACGAAGACGAUGCAAGCGAGUACAAAGGUCCUCACGCGAACCUGAUGAAAAUGAAGUUCAUGCAGGAGGCACAGGCUGCACGCAAAGCAGAGAACGAUGCAGAGAUCCGCCGGCUCAACCGUGAAUUACAUGGUGAAGAAUCUCAAUCGGAGGCCGAGUCUGAGUCUGAAGUUGGACGGCGCAAGUUUGGCAAAUCUGAAACGGAUGUCAAGGGGAGCAAGCCCAAGGCAGCCCCUCGCAACGAGUUCGAGGAGGCUCCCGGAUCAGACGAUGAGCCAGAUGUGCACGAGGUAGACGAGGACGUGAAGAUCGUCCUCGACCGCCCACAGAAGAAAGGACAGGCUCCCAAGAACAACAAGACCAACGCCCGGCCCUUGAGCCAGGUUGCAGAACGCGAAGAAUCCCCAGUGGAGGAAAACCCGUGGUUGGUGCAAACUACUCGGAACAAUCGCCGGGUGACAGCCGACGACACUCAACAGACUGUCGACAUCACGCUUGAAGAUGCUAAACCAAGUGAUGCUGGUGCUAAGGGUGUUUCCAAAGUCCAAAAGAAAGCUGUCGUCCCAAGCAAGAAUCCCGACGCUGAUGAAUACGACAGCGAGGAAGACAGUGUACCAGUGCUGCUCAAAAACCACGACCUCGUGAAGAGGGCUUUCGCGGGAGAUGAGGUUGUCCAGGACUUCGAGCAGGAGAAGCUUGAUACCAUCAAGGAAGAAGAUGACCAGGUCAUUGACAAUACACUGCCCGGCUGGGGCAGCUGGGCUGGUGAUGGGAUCAGUAAGAAGCAACAGAAGCGCCAGAAACGUUUCUUGACCAAGGUCGAGGGCGUGAAACCUGAAGACCGGAAAGAUGCCAAGCUAUCCCGAGUCAUUAUCAACGAGAAACGAGUCAAGAAGAACAACAAGUAUAUGGCCCAACAGCUUCCUCACCAAUUCGAGAACAAACAGCAAUACGAACGGUCUCUCCGUCUCCCUAUUGGUCCCGAGUGGUCUACCAAGGAGACUUUCCAGAGUGCCACCAAGCCUCGCGUGAUGAUCAAGCAGGGCGUCAUUAAGCCCAUGUCGAAGCCCAUGGUCUAA